UGGGGAAGGAACAGAACCAUCACUGUCAUCUUGGGGGCCCAUGACAUGGAUGAGCAAGAGACGACCCAGCAGGUCAUCCCUAUAAGAAGAGUCAUCCCCCAUCCAAAUUUUAAAAACGAGCCAUUAAAUGACAUCAUGUUACUUCAGUUGGAAAAGAAGGCCAACCUGAAUGCUGAGGUGAGCCUCCUCAAGUUACCCUCAAGAAAUUCCCAGGUUACACCAGGGAUGGUGUGCACUCUGGCUGGAUGGGGACGCCUUGGCCAAAACAUAUCCACAACAAAACUGCAUGAGGUACAGCUUGAAAUCCAAAAUGACGAGGAAUGUCACUCUCAUUUCAAAAGUAUAUAUGAAUCCACCACCCAGAUUUGUGUGGGGAACCCAAAAGAGAAGAAGAAUUGUUUUCAGCCAUCUUAG